CGGGCAGACGCCGCUCUUGGUGAGUCACUCGAGAGCCCGAGAUUGCUGUUGCCGAAACCACCCCCGCUGACGGUUCCAUCAAUUUGCGGUCCGCAACGGACAUCUCUCCACCGCUCUCGACUUGCUUGAGGAAAGAGCAAACGUAGCGGAUGAUGAUGGCAUGAUGUUAUUGGUUGAGGCGAUACUAGUGGACAAGCCCGAAUGGGGAGACUUUCCACUGCUCCUCCUGGAGCGCGGUGUGGACCCGUUCCUGUGGGAUAAUCCUGGCGGUCUUUUCAUGGAUACUUUGGCAUUCUACCAAGGCACGGGCACGAUAAAGGCGAUGGCCGAGUUCGUGCCUCGUGUGGAAGAUAGCCACUUCAUAGCGGCCUUGAAAUGGGCAAAUCCAGGGGCUAUCCGCGCAUUAUUGCAGAUGGGACAUGAUGCCAACGCCCCACUCGUGGUCGAGGGCGGAACCACGGUGACUCCAAUCAUGGUGGUUGCGAACAGUCUCUACAAGGGGCUUAUCGAGUGGCCACAGGCCCGCGAAGCGUUCCGCGAGCUGCGCAGUAGAGGUGCUGACAUGAAGGUUUCGGUGCCGACGACCGGUUCCACUGUGCUCCACGACUUCUUUUCGUCAUUAGCAGAGAACGAUCCAGAAUGGCCUACCCGAUAUCGAUACGACGAUGUUUGUCAGUAUCUAGCAUUCUUAAUCGGCGAGGGAGCGGAUCCUCGUGCCGUUGAUCGACAGGACCGUACACCGACCCGAGCUGCCUGGGAUUCGCCCCUCCAACAAGCAGGUGUUCUGGUAUGGUACCGUGUUCUUCGGAUGUGCAAUCUCGAUCCCGCCGACCUCGACAAGGACUACGAUUUUCGCUUCGACGUCGUUCUCGCCAAAUGUUACUUCUGCUUAUUGGAUGCGAGGUCCACAGCGUACGACUUCCUGCUGUGUCCGUGGUGCCACCGAGAAGCAUACGUGUGCGAUUACGAACGCAACACCGCGGUUGAAUACGACGGGUCUAAAAGAGACCCGGAGCUGGACGUCACGCCUUGCUGCCCAACCGCCGUCUGUAGGUCCCACCGAUAUCGCUCGGCGGCCGAGUCGACAGGCGGGUUUCUGCUUCCGAAAAGGUCGGGGGGUGUGCUCCGUCGGGUCCGGAAGUGUGCGGAACCCGUAUGCGCGAUAUGUACAGCCGAGAGCAGUAAAUGGAACGCACGCCCGCACUACACGAUACUGCUGGAUUCGAUGGAAGAUUUGGAGUCAGAUGGCGACUAUUGGGAUGACGAAGAUUCCGACGAGGAACAGGAAUUUCACGAUUCACUGGAAGAGGUUUAGCAGAGUACGCGAUAGUGGUUUGGGUAGCCCGUUCUGGGGGCGGAUGUUCAGCACCGGUUUCGAAGCAGGGUGAAACACUAGUAGAGCUUUCGAGGACGUCUAGAAAUGCCGGUGCGGGUAGAAAGUUCUGGCGCAAUCGAGUUGAUCAGGCUGCUCG